UCUCCCAUAGUCACACUCCAAACACACACAACUAACUAGCUAUACUGACUCUCUCUAAUCUCAAUGGCUCACAUGGCAAGUUUUGUGUCGUAUCUACUUCUAACCACCAUUUGCCUUUUCAACCUCCUAAACUUUCCUCUCCCAGUAAAUGCAACCUCCAACUGCAACGGACCGUGCAAAACUCUUGACGACUGCUCCGGCCAACUCAUUUGCAUCAACGGCAAGUGCAACGACGACCCCGACGUCGGCACCCGCACCUGCGGUGGCAGCGGCACUUCACCAUCACCGAGCAGCGACACGUGCAAGUCCUCCGGGAACCUGAACUGCAAGGGGAAAUCGUACCCUCAAUACAGGUGCUCUCCGCCAGUCUUGUCAUCCACGCAAGCCCUCCUCACGUUGAACGAUUUCAGCGAAGGCGGCGACGGAGGAGCAGAGUCCAAAUGCGACGAGAAGUUCCACGACAGCUCGGAGCGAGUGGUGGCGCUGUCCACCGGGUGGUACAACAGAGGGUCAAGGUGCGGGAAAAUGAUUAGGAUCACCGCCAUGAACGGAAAGAGCACGACGGCGAAGGUGGUGGACGAAUGUGACUCCGUGAAUGGAUGCGAUUCGGAGCACGCGGGCCUACCACCUUGCCGUAAGAAUAUCGUGGAUGGCUCCCAAGCCGUGUGGAAUGCGCUGGGGUUAGACGGGGACGUGGGAGAAGAGCACGUUACGUGGUCCAUGCUUUGAACCAUCGAGUCAAGUCAACUACGUAUCCAAGAAGGAGAAGCUUUAAAUAACUGCUAUUUUAAAUAAGCUUUAGCUUUUGUUUUAGCAAAAAAAAAAUGUAAUAAGUGCUUAUUUGUGGUACCAAACGGCCUCAUAAGCUAAUUAAAACUUUCUACUGUUUUGUUUUC